ACAAAUUUUCCCUCAACCUGUCAAAUUCCCUGAAAACGCUUGCGUGCCGGACCGUCUCAAACAUUUUUGCUGGCUAAACUUUUACCGUUUUAUUUGGUAUUUUCGAUCAAUUGUACGGAAAUUUUACUCUGCAAACCAGCCGGAAUCAGUGCUGUACCGAUUGCAUCAGUUUGCGAACCGUUUUGAAUGAAGUAGAUUUUCUAGCAGUCAGCCAUAUUUCUAACCGAAAGCGCUCCUAAGAAAAGAUGAAGCUGAAUCGAAAGCUGCUGAUCUACGUGGAGAACAUUUCCCCGACCAGCAGCGAGCAGAACCUGCAGGCUUACCUGGAGAAGUUUGCCCCGGUCCAGGGUGUGUACUUUUUGCGGGAAAAGCAAUGCACCAAGCGGUCGAUUGCGGCCUUCCUGCGGGUUGCGAACGAAACCGACCGGGACUGCAUUAUGCUGCGGAACCAGCAGAACUACCGCGGAAAACGGCUGUUUAUGCUGCGGGCCGAUCAGCCGCAUGACUACCAGGCCGAGCAAACCAUUAUCGUGCGGAAUAUUACCAACAAAAUCUCCGAGGAGAAUUUGUACGAUCACUUCCAAGAUUGUGGCACUAUUGCAUUCCUGCAGAUUCGUACUGACGAUUUUGCCUACGUGACCUUCGAGGACAAGUCGUCGGUGAAGAACGCCAUGAGCAAGAACAACCAACCCCUCAAAGGUUCGAGUCUUAAGAUCCAACUUCUCACCCGUAACCUGGAUAUUAUGAUUGUCAGUUUGGACACGCUGCCGUCGCGUAUGCCCGAUCUGUACCGGAUGCUGAUCAUGCCACUGGAGCCUCGGGCUUCUUCCGGUGAACAGCAGCAGCAACAACAGCCUGCUGUCCAAUCUCAACCUCCUGUUGUGAAACAGCCACAAUCUCAACAACAACCAAAAUUCCAACCCAACCAGCAGCCUCAAGCUCAAAGACAACAGCAACAGCAGCAGCAGCAAUCUCAACAGUCAAGACAACAGAAUCAGCAACAACAAAGAGAAAAUCAACAACGCUUACAGCGAGAGAAUCAACAACUACAGCAACAGGCUCAAGCUCAACAGCAAAGGCUGCAGCAACAGCAGCAAUUAUUACAACAACAAAGACCCCUUCCGCAACGGCAGCAGAAUCAACGUCAGCAACAACAAGGAUUGCAACAGCAGCAGCAACAAAUACAGCAACAGAUACAAAUGUUGAAGGAAAAGGCCAACGCCCUUGCUGGAAAACAGCAGCAGCAGCAACAACAGCAAAAACAAGCUGUACCAGAACAGCCCAAGCCAAUUCCCAAACCUCAGGAAGUACCGAAGAAACAGCAAGAAGUUGAUCCCGUUCCCGCGGCGUCAUCCUCUCAAUCCGACACCGAUGACGUCCAGAUCGUUGAGAUUGUGGAGACUCAGCAAAUCAUCGAAGAUGACGACGACGAUGAUGAGGAAGUCCAGAUUGUGGAAAAACCUACGGUGGAACCGAUCCCGUCGGACUACGUGGCGAAACCGGACGACGUGAUGCGCCCGGUCAAGGCAUCCGAGCUGGUGCUGAAAGAUGUUCCGAAGCUGAAAAGCGAAGACGAUCGUCGUUCCGUUUGGGUCAACAACAUCCAACCGGAGACGCGUCGCCUUGAUCUAGUCCUGUACAUGGAGCAGUUUGGCGACGUGAUGCACUGCAAGAUCGGCAACUCGAACAACUGUGCGUUCACCCGGUGGGCCAAGAUCAUGUUCACCACCGAGGAUGGGGCCGCCAGGGCAGCGGAGUAUUUCCUGCACCCGUUCCAGGGCCGCUACUUGUUCGUUCUGCAAUGCUCCAAGUAUGUCGUUGAGGAGCCGGGCAAGGUCUUUGUAAUUGAUUAUCUGUCGAAGUACGUGGUUUACGAAGAUGUGGUUAAGGCUUUCAAACACAUCGGAGAGGUGUUCUACUUGGUUCGAUUGUACGACAACAAUUACAAGGUUCGAAUUUUCUUCCUCAAUCAAGUGGAUGAGAAAGCUGUUCUGGCCGUGGAUUCAAUCGAUGGCCGUCCAGCUAAACUGGAGCUAUACAUCGAGAACAUGGUAUUGAGAUUGCCCAAAACGUUAGCUAAGGAGCUCAAAGAGGCACGAGAAAUCAAGGAUCCGGAGAAAGAAGCACGCAUGGCUAGGAUCACUGAAAUCUACAAAGAGGAAGCGCUCGACCGUUACGCCACUCGAGAGUACACCAAUCCGGAUCCGAAAACCAGUCCUGUCGAAGUUGUUAUCUACAACGUCCCUGUGGGCACAACUGAUCAGCAGAUCAAACGGUUCUUCAAAUCCAUCGGAGAACCAACGGCGAUCCGCCGCGUACCGAUUGAAACCGAAACGCACACUGUGCGGGACGCCGAGUGCGUGUACGUCGGCUUCCGGACGCUAUCGAUGGCCCUGCAGGCUGCCGAGAUUUCUCCGGAGCGGACGCUCAACUCGUUCAAUCCGUUCAUCUUUACUGCCUGGUCGCAAGCCGCCAUGACCGACCGGAACACGAUUCGGUUGUUCUUCAACAAAUAUAUUUCAAUGCAGGACAUCUACAACGGGCUGAUUCACUGCGGUCAGAUCAAAUACAUCGAGAAGCAGAGGGCCAAACGGGCGCUGGUCGUGUUCGGCAAUGGCGAGAACGGAGUGCUGAAUGCCAAGAGGAUGAACUUUAUCGGUGAUACCAAAAUCACCUGCAAAGGCGCAUUCGUUGCAACCAGGCUAGAUCUGCAUGCCGAGAAGAAAAAGAAACAGGCGGAGGCCAAGCAACCACCUGCAGCUGCAAUCGUUAUCGAGGACGAGGACGAGGUGGUCGUUGUGCCGUCGGAUAAUUCACCGGACAAGAAGCAGAAUCAGAAAGGCCAAAACCUGAAACAGGGUCCAUCACCCAUUAAGCAACAACAGCAACAGGGACAAAGGCAAAAGCAACAACAUCAACAGCAGCAACAGAGACAACAGCAGCAAAGGUCCGGAGGCAAUCGAAAUCGUAACUCCAAUUCCUUCGGUGACGAUGGUCCUCCGCAUCGCCAUCAGCAGCAGCGUAACCAGAUGAACCCUUGGCAGAACAACAACCAAGGCCCAAUCUGGAACGAUCAAUUCCAGCGGCGCGAUCAAUUCCCGCACAACGAUGAGUUCAACUUCCAACGAAACCAAAAUCCGUUCAUGCAGGGCGAUCGCUUCAAUCCGGAUGGUGGUCCGUUCGAUCGCUUCGGCAAUCAGGGUCCAAACAGGAACAUGAAUAUGAACGAGUUCGAGCAGAUGAUGAUGGCGCAGCAAUUCGACAAUUUCAACCUGAACAGCAACAAUGGCUUCAUCCGUGGCAAUCCGAUGGAUUCCGAUGACCCUCCGUUGGGACGUCCCUGGGGCCAAAACCAACAGAAUUUCGAUCGCUUCAGUCCACCAGGACGACGUUCGCCGUUUAACCGUGAAUUCCCCGAUGACCACGAUCAAGAUUUCGACAGGGAUUCACCCGGUAUCCCAUCGAACAUUCCGGAAGAAGACAUCGAUGAGUACAUCUUGCGCAAGCAGGAAGCCAUCAAGCGUCGGCUGGAGCAGCUGGAUAGGCAGUUGAUCACCUCGGUGGAAACUUCCCGUCAGCGCGACUUUCAACGUGCGGCCCGGCAUCGCCAGGGAACCGUCUUCAGCGAUAAUGGCGAUGUGCAUUACGUUCCGAAUCCAGCGGCAGUUGCCCGGAACCGUGGUCGUGGUGGCCGCGGUGGCAAUUUCGGCGGUGGUCGGAGAGGCGGCGGCAAAGGUGGGGAUGCUGCCGAAGGACCCUCCAGAGGUCGGGGACGCCGUGACCGCAAUGAACUGAUGAAAAAUCGAGCCAGAGAUCCAUUUGCCGAUGUAGACAUCGUACCUAUCAUCCGGAUAUCGGAGGACCGAUCGCCAUCGCCGAAGCGAAGCCGUGAGGAUGAGUUCGACGCAGCACAGUUCAACGCUGCAUGGAACUAGGUUAGAAGAGGGCACUCAUCUCGGACGGUACUCGAAAGGGACGAGUACCGCUUUAAUUACAAUGUGUGUUUUACCAUUAUGGACAUUGCAAUGAUGGUAUUGACUUUAAAGUACGAUUGAAAUUCGAUAUGUAUUAUUUAACUCAGUGGUAAACAUCCAUACUUACAUAUAAAGAAAAACCUAGUAAAUUA